AUGCCCGUUGAAGCUCCUUACGGAAGAUGGGUAUCCCCCAUCACACCCGAGACUGCCGUCCAAAGCAACAUCGUAUUUGACGACGUUAUCGUUGAUCCAGUCACAUCAGUCAUCUAUCAUAACGAACAACGGCCGGACGAUGGCGGACGAUGUGCCCUUGUAAAUACCGCGACGAACAAGGACGUUAUCCCCUCUCCGUACAGUGCUCGCUCGGCUGUGCAGGAGUAUGGUGGUGCUGCCGCAAUUGCAUACGGCGGCACCCUCUAUUUCUCUAACUUUGUGGACAACCGAGUAUAUGCCGUCCGAGAAGGUGGUACCCCUGUCGCUGUGACUCCUGAGAAUCCCAAGUGGCGUUACGCAAAUUUUGCUGUUCACCCCAAACAAACACAUCUCCUCGUAUCAAUUCUUGAGGAUCAUACAAUUGAUACAUCACAGGCGGUUGUUAACACUCUCUGUCUCAUAAAUACCAAGACUACAAGCCUGAAGAAGGAUCUCGUUUCUGGCGCCGACUUCUAUGCGGCCCCCGUGUUCAACCCUUCCGGCACCAAAAUUGCUUGGCAGGAGUGGUACCAUCCUGACAUGCCCUUUGAGGGUGCACUGAUCUACAUUGCAGACGUAUCCAUAGUCGACGGUGACAUCGUGCUCUCCAACACGAUUUACGUUGCUGGCGGAAAGCUUAAGAUCUCGGUAACCCAUCCCAGCUGGAUAUCGGAUACAAAGCUCGUCUACACCUCCGAUGAGUCGAACGGGUUCCAAAACCCAUUUACCUACUCCACAGAGACAGGGUUCGCUGCUGCUGCCUUGUCAAAGCCUAUCUCGCAAGACUUUGCAGAGCCCGCAUGGCAACUCGGAGUACAACCAUACACUCUCCAAGGCGGCGGCAGCUAUGGAGUCUUCACCGCAUUCCAAGACGGUCGAAACAUACUUUACAUGCUCGACCUUACAAAGCCUUCUGAUCCAGUUUUGAUUGCUGAUUUCCCGUACACGGUGGCACAGCAUCUUCGACAAACGGGACCCCAGACGUUCGUUUUUACCGCCAGUAUGAGCACUGCCCCUGGUGGAGUUCUCCACUGUACACUUGCUGCUCCUUCGUUUACGCCGACCUACACGGUUUUGAAAGCAAGUGCGGGGAGCGUCUCACUUUACAAUCCAUACAUCUCCGCCCCAGAGCCCAUGACGCUUGACAGAGGCGGCGAACCUCUUUACGUCGUCUACUAUCCUCCCAAGAACCCCGAUUUCACGAGCCUUCCGGACGAAAAGCCACCUUGCAUUGUCCAGGUUCAUGGAGGACCAACAGGUAUGGAGACCCAGGUUUUGAACUGGCAGAAAAUGUUCUUCACGUCCCGGGGAUUCGCAUGGCUCGAUGUCAACUAUGGAGGGUCAUCAGGUUACGGUCGGAAAUACAUUGAGCGUCUCGUAGGCAAGUGGGGCAUCGUCGACGUACAGGAUUGCCAAGAUGCUGUCUCCAUUAUUGCUUCCAAGGGGUUGAUUGACCUCGCGCGUGUUGCGAUCAGGGGAGGCUCCGCCGGUGGCUACAACGCCAUGGCCUCCGUCACCCUCGCACCGAACCCGAGAUUCUACAAGGUUGCCGCUUCUACAUAUGGUGGAGUUCCUGAUCUCGUAUUGCUCGCUCAGAGCACGGAUAAGUUCGAGAUGCAGUAUAUGUAUAAGCUCCUUGGCGGCUCCCCCGACGAAGUGCCGCAGACGUACAAGGACCGUAGCCCAUAUUACAAUAUUGUCAGUAAGACGGGCGAAGUCAACAUCAGCGUUCCGCUCCUGAUGAUGCAAGGGAAACUGGACAGGGUCGUCCCACCCGACCAGGCACACAAGUUCUUGCAAGAAAUCACGGAUAACGCACCUGAUGAGAAGGUCGCCUUGCACUUUUACGAGGGGGAAGGUCAUAGAUGGCACCUCGCAUCGACUAUCAAGGACGCAUUGCUACGCGAAUUUGCGUGGUAUAACGAACACCUGCUCUGA